UAAAUAGAUGUGUGUUUGGUCUCCUACAUAUAUCUAGGAGGGCGGACUCGUCGGAACAAGUCAGUCUGCUUCGUGCCGUCCAGCCGCGUUGCAGCUCUCUUUGCUGCUGCUUUCCCGCCGCUCCGUUUUUUUAAAUUAUUAUUUUGCCCGAAUUUGCGUACCGACAACACGUUGUUGUUUUGGCAUCAAUUCAGACAACUCGCCCCCUCCUUGCCACCGCUAGUCAUAACCGACCCGGGUCCAUCUAGUCAAAUGUGAUGGCGGCUGUCAUCUUUAUGGAAACUUUCGCCAUCCUCCCGGCCCUUUUUGUGGCAGGCCUGUUUAUCGCAUCAGGAUCAGCCCAAUCGGCCGUCAACUGCAACCGAACGACGCUGGACCAAUGUUUGAAAGCCAUCGAGCCGUUGCUGAACAGUCCGGCAAUGGCCAAAGGAAUUCCGUCGACAAAAGAGGCCGUCCAAGCCCGAUGCGCGGUCUUCAAGGUUGGCAUGUCGUGUAUCGACGAAUUCAAGGAUCACUGUCUCAAUCAGCGUCAGAAGAUUCAAAUGGAGAGGGCAGUGGCCGGUGCUCAGCACACAUUCGCUUUCCUUUGUGACGAUCCCGUCUUCCAGUCCGAAUUUUUGCAACAUCAGAGCUGUCUCCAUGGCACGUCCGACGACUGGGAACGUUGCGCUUACCAUUUCCAGAAUAUGGUGGCAGAAGAACUGGCGGCCAACCUCACGAAAGCCGAUCGCAAUCUGGGCCUUUGCUGCGCCAAGCACGGGUUCCUGAGGUGCGUCUACUACGCGGCUCAAUUCAAAUGCCGCAAAGAAGAAGCGUUGUUCUUGAUGAGAGUGGCGCAAACUCUGACCGAGUCGCAGGUGCACGAGAACGCCUGCAAGAAAAUCAAAUUCGACGAAGUCUGCGCUUCCGAUUCCAGCGUCCCGACCGUCUCGUCAUUGCUCUUGACGCUCGUCGCGAUCUGGUGGUCGUCGAUCUCUUUUCUUCUAACGAGACAUUAACAAAUAACUCAAAACUUGUUUUGAUUAUCUUUCAUGUUUCUACCAUACUUGCCAAAUCUUCACUGUUUAAAAAAACAAAAAUUCUAUAUUGACCAUUUUGUCCAUAAUUAAUUGUAAUGCGCCCAUUUAAUUUAAUCGUCUGUAAAUAAAAUUCAGCCCGACCGGAGAAUCGUUACAAA